AUGAGAGCAAUGAUUCAUGAAAGAAUGGCACCAGAAUUAUUACCAUAUAAAACUGAUUUAAUGAAGAAUAUUUUAUCACAUAUUGAAUCACAACAACAAUUUUUAUUAGACAGUCAUGAAUAUUCAGAUAUGAAUAAUAAGGACCUUAAGUUACAAUUGAUGAUUAUAGAGACUGAGUUAGAGAGGAUACAAUAUAUUAUAAGGUUAUAUCUACGUGUUAGACUAAAUAAAUUACAACAAUUUACCGUAUUUUACUUAAAUGAUGAGAAUCAAAAUGGGUUAUUAAGCUCUGAGGAGAGAGAAUAUAUUGGUAAGUAUUUCCAAAUCAUGUCCAAAUUGUAUAAUAAUAGUUUUUUGAAGAAGGUGCCAACUAUUUUAAGUUAUCUUGAUGAUACUAGUGGUGGUCAAUCAAUGAUUGUUAAACCAGAAAUGAAUUAUCCUGUUUUUAUAAAGUGCCUUAAUGAUCGGAUUAUAGAUUUGAAUAAAGAUGAGCAAUUGGAAUUGGUUAAAGAUGGUGUUUAUGUGGUGAAAUAUAAUAUUAUAAAAAAAUAUUUAGAUUCUGAUAUAAUAUUGAUAUAA